AAUCGAGCUUUGUAUCUCUUUCCAGGUUUCAAGCUGUUUGACAAGGGAAUAAAGUUGGACAUUUCCAGCUUUCCACAGAUGAACGUACGGAUAAGCACAAAGGGCAAGCGCCCCCUGAGAAGCUUGACACCAAGCGACAAGGUCCAUGCAAUUCAGCGCAUACACGAUGGUGAAUCGAAGGCUUCAGUUGCACGUGACAUCGGUGUUCCUGAAUCAACCCUUCGUGGUUGGUGCAAAAAUGAAGACAAAUUACGUUUCAUGUCACGCCAAGCCGCCGCGGAAAAAUACGGAAGCGAAUCCUUAAAUGUGAAGCUCGAUGGAACGGCCAACAUGUUGGGAGGCCCACCAGAAAAACGACAACGCUUAGAUCCCUCAUUGGCUUUGAACUUUUCAAAUAAAAUAAAAUAUGAUGAUUUGAGUUCCUUCAAGCGGGCGCAAUUGAACGGUUUAGAUUUCAGUAAUAACAAGGCUCUUACAGAAUUGGGAAACUUUAGCGGAAUGUCUCAGGACUACGGAUCUUUCAACGGUUCAUCUAAAAAGCCUUUAUAUAGUGCUGACAUUUCCAGAGCGACGGAUACAUCAAUGUCCGCCGUUAGUCCACUAUCGAGCCUAACGCAUCUGUCCGGUCUUACUGGAAUAAAUCAGUCACCAUUGGCGAUUAGUUUCAACGAGCUUACUACAAAUUUGACACUAUUGGCUCAACUUAACCCAAGCUUAGCAGCUAUUUCAGGUAUUAACGGUAUUAAUCCUAAUUUAAGGGCUAAACCUCCAUCACAGCAACCAAGUCCCCGGGAACCAUCUGAUAAGCCGGCUGGGAUUAGUGUGAAAAAUUGGGCGAAACAAAAUCCGUCUACCCCCACUUCAAACGACUCCUCUACAUGUGGUCUCAAUUUAUGCCAGAGUGAGGAAAAAGUUCAAACUAAGAGUCAAAAUGCAAACAUUCCUACGGCGUCGCAGUUAGGGCCAACUAUGCCCUUGCUAUCGUCUUUAUCAGAAGAUCCUCUUUUAUAUUGGCUCAAAUCACAGCAAGCAAUUUUGGGCUUUAAUAACAUGUAUCCCCAUAACCCAGUUUUAGGGGCACCUAGUUCUCCCAUUCGGACCUCUACCCCUCAACAGGUAUCUUUUAAUGCCGGAACACCUCCCAUUAUACCCAAUACAUUAACACCAUCGUCAACGCCUUCGGGGAGCUUAGAUGAUAAAAAUGCAGCAUGGUUUAAUUGGUGCAAAGCGUUUGGUGUGAAUUUGAACUCGCUUAACCCUGCGGCCGUAGUCUCCGCUCUUCAAGGCAGUGCAAACCCGAACAAUCUUCACUCGCCCAAUAACAUCGAAACCUGUGAUAAAGCGACUACGGCAAAGAAUGGAUUUGAAAACAUUCUUUACUCACAAUUAACAAAAGACUCCACAUCCAAUUGCUCAGCGAAUAGUGAAUCUGCAGUGGAACAAGAGCACGUUAACACUGGGGAUAACGCAGACAUUUCUAACAAGCCUGAGGACCUUUCCGCAAAAACCUUCAAGACCAGUCCACCAUCUACACCUGUUUCAACGCCAGAGCCGUGUCCCUUACGCGAGGAUGAUCAAUUAUCGGACAAAAUUCGUUCAGAUUCUAGCCAGGACGUCGCCACUCCUCUUACUACCGACACAGUUUCACCGAGACUCUCACAAAAUAAAGUGGUUGAUUGUAAGGAGUUCAUAGACGACAUCAUUUAUAAAAUAAGCAACAAGUCCAUAUCAGCAUCUCGUCUAAGUGAUGGAGGAGAUCUUACAAAUGAUUCAAGUGAUGCCAACUAUAAUACGCAUAACAAUAAUAAUAAUGCGAACAAAAGAGACGAAGAGGAAUGGGGCAAGUGCACCAAUACUGGUUGUGAAGAUGAAAAUGACACAGACAGCAAAGAUGCCAUUAAGUACGGAGAGAAGUUUUUGAAAUGGCUUGAGAAAUGCAGCAAUCCACGCGUUACUUCCCAUCAACUAAUGCAACUUAGGCUCCUCAUAUCUUCGGUAAAGGGUAUUGAUGUAACGACGUCAAACCAGAUUGUUGAUACUAACAAUGACUUGUGUAUUGAAAUUGAUGGCACCUCAGAAGAAGGAUCUUCUUCCAAAACUCGUCGCCGAAAAUAG